GUUGUCUUGCAGUGAUGACACUUUACAGAACGGCACGAGUGGAUAACAUUAGCUGACGACCCAACGUCUCUGAAAUUUAGAGAUAACACGGCCAGGAGUUCACACCCAAGGAUCCGAAAAGCAGUAGAAGCGGAUGUGACUGCAGAAGAGCACAUGGGCUGUAUUGCUGUGAUCACCAUGGAGACGCCCGUUUUUCCUUUACCUGCUCAUCAGAAUGGUGAUGUUUUUGUGGCCAAGCUCACACACCCUGCUUUACACAUCCAGAUUUACCACCAGGAGCAGGCAGGGCCUGAGGGAAGCCCACUCACAUACCCUGCUGGUCAAUAUGUGGCAGAGGAGCUCUGCAUCGAUGCAGCCAAGGAGUGUGGUGUGAACCCAAUGUACUUCAACCUUUUUGGACUUAUGAGAGAAAGUGAUAGGAUGUGGUUUCCGCCCAAUCACAUCUUUAAACUGGAUGACUCAGCAUGCGAAAAGCUGCUCUUCAGGAUAAGGUUUUAUUUUCCUGGCUGGCACAGCAGUGGGCCUGGUAGUGCCCAUCGCUAUGGAGUUACUAAAGGCUCAGAAACCCCUGUUUUAGAUGAUACAGUCAUGGCUUAUCUAUUUGCUCAGUGGAGGUGUGACUUUCUAAAUGGCUGGUUGAGCAUUCCAGUUAGUCAUGAAGCUCAAGAGGAAUGUCUGGGUAUGGCUGUGCUGGAUAUGAUGAGAUUGGCUAAAGAGAGGGGCCAGUCCCCUGUGGACAUUUACAAUGACAACAGCUACAAAUCUUUUUUGCCCAAGGAUAUGCGUGCUCACAUUCAAGACUACCACUUUGUGACACGAAAGAGAAUCCGAUAUCGCUUUAAAAGGUUCAUCCAGCAGUUCAGUGAGUGCAAGGCAGCUGCCCGCGAUCUGAAACUGAAGUAUCUAGUGAACCUGGAGAGCCUUCAGCCUGCUGCCUUCUCUGAGCAAUUUCGUGUUAAUGAACACACCGCUGGAGAUGUCACCAUUGUUGUCACAGCUAACCAUGGCAUUCAGUGGUUCUGUGAAAAUGUCAAAGAGGAGCAGGAAUAUCAGACAUAUUGUGAUUUCCCAGAUGUCAUUGACAUCAGUGUCAAGCAGGCCAGCAAAGAUGGGUCAAAUGAAUGUCGUAUAGUAACCUUAAACCGUCAGGAUAAUCAAACUCUGGAGCUGGAGUUUAACUCUCUCGAAGAGGCUUUAUCUUUUGUGUCCCUCAUAGAUGGCUACUACAGGUUUAUUGCAGAUGCCAAUCAUUAUCUGUGUAAAGAAGUGGCUUCGCCUAGGUUGUUAGAGGCCAUCCAGAGCUAUUGCCAUGGCCCUAUCUCAAUGGAGUUUGCGAUCAACAGGCUACGUCAAUGUGGCAACCACAAAGGCCUGUACAUCUUGCGCUGCAGCCCAAAGGAUUAUAACAAGUUCUUCCUCUCCUUCAUAGUGGGGUAUGAUGGUGUGGUGGAAUACAAACACUGUCAAAUUGUGAAAAUGCCUUCUGGGGAGUACAACCUGAGUGGUGCCAAACGAAGUUUCGGGAGCUUGCUUGAGCUCCUGCACCGCUACCAAAAGGAGGCACUGCGAUCUGAUGGACACAUUUUCCAAUUCACCAAAUGCUGCCCACCUAGGAGUCAUGAUAAAACUAAUCUGCUGGUGUGUAGACGUAACCAGGGAUUGGAUGUGCCUCUGUCACCCUCACUCUUCAAACACAGUAUCAGCCAGAUGGUUUUUCACAAGAUACGCAAGGAGGACCUGGAAGUUAAUGAGAGUCUUGGCCAAGGAACGUUCACAAAAAUAUUUCGUGGCAUGCGAAAAGAGUUGGGUGACUAUGGAGAGGUUUAUGAGAUGGAGGUGAUCAUGAAAAUUCUCGAAAAGACUCACCGUAAUUACUCAGAGUCCUUUUUUGAGGCUGCCAGCAUGAUGAGCCAGCUGUCACAUAAGCACCUGCUGUUGAACUAUGGCGUAUGCGUAUGCACAGAUGAAAAUAUAAUGGUGCAGGAGUAUGGGAAGUUUGGCUCGCUGGAUACAUAUCUAAAGAAAAACAGGAACUCUAUUAACAUCACCUGGAAACUGGAAGUGUCCAAACAACUAGCUUGGGCCAUGCACUACCUGGAGGAUAAGGGUCUUGUUCACGGGAAUGUUUGUGCCAAAAAUGUGCUGCUGAUUCGAGAAGAGGAUAGGAAGACUGGCAAUCCUCCUUUCAUCAAGUUGAGUGACCCUGGAAUCAGCAUCACAGUUUUGCCUAAAGAUGUUCUGCUAGAAAGGAUUCCAUGGGUGCCUCCUGAAUGUGUUGACAAUCCACGGAACCUUAGUGGGGCUACAGAUAAAUGGAGCUUUGGUACCACUCUGUGGGAAAUCUGCAGUGGAGGGGAGAAACCCCUAAGUACUCUGGACAGCUCAAAGAAAAAUCUUUUUUAUGAGGACCGGCACCAACUUCCUGCCCCCAAGUGGACAGAGCUGGCAAAUCUUAUCAACAGCUGCAUGGACUAUGAGCCUUUGCACCGGCCCUCCUUCCGAGCUGUGAUCAGAGAUCUGAACAGCCUUUUUACUCCAGAUUAUGAGCUGCUUGUGGAAAGUGACAUGGUGCCAAUCAGAGCUCGAGGUUUUGGAUUCCCCGGGGCAUUUGAGAGCCAGGAGCCAGCACAGUUUGAGGAACGACAUCUCAUCUUCUUGCAACAGCUUGGGAAGGGAAACUUUGGCAGUGUGGAGAAGUGCCGUUACGACCCACUAGAAGACAACACAGGAGAAGUAGUAGCAGUUAAGAAACUCCAGCACAGCACUGCUGAGCAUCUACGUGACUUCGAGCGUGAAAUUGAAAUCCUCAAGUCUCUCCAGCAUGAUAACAUUGUCAAAUAUAAGGGGGUGUGCUAUAGUGCAGGCCGGAGGAACCUGAGGCUGGUGAUGGAGUACCUGCCUUUUGGAAGCCUAAGGGACUAUCUCAUCAAGAAUAAGGAGCGCUUUGAUCACAAGAAACUCCUCCACUAUGCCUCCCAGAUCUGCAAGGGAAUGGACUACCUGGCCACAAAGCGCUACAUCCACAGAGACCUUGCCACGCGAAACAUUCUAGUGGAGAGUGAACUGAGGGUGAAAAUUGGAGACUUUGGACUUACAAAAGUGCUGCCACAGGAUAAAGAAUACUACACUGUCAGGGAGCCAGGAGAGAGCCCUAUAUUCUGGUAUGCUCCUGAGUCUCUGACUGAGAGUAAAUUUUCUGUUGCCUCUGAUGUAUGGAGCUUCGGAGUCGUACUUUAUGAGCUCUUCACCUACAGUGACAAGAAUUGCAGUCCUCCAGCUGUCUUUAUGGAGCAGAUGGGAAGUGAUAAACAGGGUCAGAUGAUUGUGUACCACCUGAUUGACCUCCUCAAGAAGGGCUAUAGACUUCCUGCCCCAGAGGGAUGUCCACAGGAGAUCCAACAACUUAUGAGUGAGUGCUGGAGCAGUGACCCCAUCCAGCGGCCAUCCUUCAAAGGCCUUAGCCAGUCUGUAGACACAAUAUGGGAUGGCAAGGAGGGAUGACAUACCUCUCUCAUUGUCUGCUGCACCAAAGAGACCAUAAUUCCUCAAGUUAUGGAGGCCCUCAAAAGGAACAUUCUAUAACCAAGACAGGGAAAGCAAUGCCAUUAGAUCCCUGUGCAUUUUUGAUCUACCAGCCCUUGUGCUUAAUGUUAUACAGUUCUUCAGCUGCCUGUGCUUCUGUUUGUCUGUGGCCAGCAGCCUGAUGUUGUGCCUGUUGUCCUCGUAUGUUGACCAUCAGUGCUGACACUUUGGUGUAGUGGCUGUACUGUCAGCACAGUGAUUUGGGGGUUGAUGACCAGAUGUUGUCUUCAUGCAAGUCAUUUUAGACUUACAUCAGCCAUCCAUGGGCCCAAAAAUAGUUUUUCCUAUAAAAAGAAGGUUACAUUCAAUUAAUAGAGAAUGAAAAAAAAUCUUUGAAAGCAAUUUCACAUGUUAAGUGAUGGUGCUUAAAAGUGAACAAGGUCUUGUAUGCUGUGCAUAGAUUGGAAACGUUCAUCAUCACUGUUUUUUGUUUGUUUGGCUUUGAAAGAUGGCAAGGCUGAAAUUGUCAUAAGAAAAUGAAAAUAUGAUUUAAAUCCCACAAGAGGCCAAGAUGAUUCAUUACACAUUUUCCAAGUGCCCUAUUUAUAUAUGUAUAUGUAUAUAUUUUAAAUGAUCUCGUGGUCUUUCUUCAUCUCUGGAAGGAGAUUGUGUAGCUAUACCUGUAACCCUGCUGUUGGUGCAUAGAGGAAAAACUGGCAACUCACUGAUCUGCAACAAAUCUUUUUAUAGUGAUUCCUGUUGUUGUCUUCCUUUGUUGCAGCUGUGCUGCUGAUAUAUCCUUUGACCAGCUAACUUCUCAGACACACUGAGGAGAGUCUAUGGAGAAAGAAUUAAGAGUAUAUUAAGUGUCGUAUGAUCAGGACUGAGGAAACUAUAUAUUUUUUUAUUUGCAAAAGAUAUUUUUCAUUGAAUGAAUGUAACAUUGUUUGUUUUACUAUUACAGAGCUCAAAUGAUUGUAUAACAUGAAUCAGUGUUUUUGAUGUGGUUAUAUGAGGUAUACAUUGUUUCAAGUAGUUGCAAAUGUCUUUCCAAGACCAGCGGCAGGUGGAUAUGGGCUGUUUGGUUUUAAAAUGUUGUCAGUGCUUCAUUAAAUUCUCUGACUAAUAAUGUCA